AUGGCCUGGGAAAGGGAAUGGGGGAUGGAGAAGGGAUGGGGCUCUGGCUCCGGCCCCGGCUCUGAAUAUGAAUCUGGCUUGAAUCUGACUAUUGCUUUGACUUUGGCUUUGGCUUUGACUCUGGAGUUGGCAUUAUUGGCUCUGCGGGAUGGGAGAGGCCGUCCGAGAAGGAGGGAGGGAGGGAAGGAGGGAGGGAGGGAGGGAGGGAGGGAGGGGUGCAAAACGGACAGGAUGUGCAAGGAGACAACUCUGCUGCACAUGCUGCCGGAAAGACUGAUUUCUACUUACAAAUUGAACCAUGAUCCCAACGAUAUGAGCCACUCGGCCCAUGGCUUCUGGUCCACGGAGAUCCUGGUCAGCAAGUUUCUUGCUCAACGUGAAGCUUCGAAGGCGGAGAAGCUCAAUAUUCUCAUUGUCCGCGUCGUAGCCCUAUCAGAAAAGGAGAAAGAAAAGGGAGGGUUCAAUUUAGUUAGGCCCUCUUUGAAACCUGGAUCGAACACUAUCUCUGACCCAAAGUCCCAGAAAGCGGAACCCAAGUGGCUGCAAAAGCGAGAGAGAAGGUUCGAAAUGGGGGAGCGGCUUCCAUCCACCGUGGCAACUGAGAAUGGGAGAAAAGCGCAGUCAGUGCAAAUCAAGGGCCUCGCCUGGUCCGCCCGUAACGGCCUUCAAAGCCCAAAACCCUGGUGGCAUCCCCGCCAGGAAGAUGAGCUGGAAGGCUUGAAAACACCCGUCAGGCCUGAGCGAAUUGAUAUAGGCCUUUCGCUGGAGUGGAUUUGCCAUCCUUGCUGGACGAUGGGCUGGCUGAGUGACUUCCAUCUCGAUGAGGAAACGAGGGUUGGAAAGGUACGUCCAGUGGCAAAUGAAAGGGCCUUUGGAAAGACAACACUUUGGAGUGGCAGCGGUGAUUCAUAUAGGUUGCAGGUGACUGAGCCCAGGACGAAAGAUGUUGCUCAGCAGACGAGAGCAACAUUUACCUACCUUUGGUCUAGUUUUGAGUGCACUCUCUUUAUUUUGAUUGACAAAGGCCUUAAUAACUUUCUUUUCAUCAUUAGGAACACCCCCGAGGAUCUCGCCCCUGACGUCUGGAUGCAUCAAGAUAUCCUUGAGCCGUUGCGAAUUCUGAUCAAUAUUCUGGCGAAUAAGAGCGAGUUUGCUAGCUUCUGGCAUCCAUAA